UGGGCUGUCACGCUGUCAGGAUGACGCGGUGUUGGAGGAUGCCGAGGCCGUGUUCGGUGGUGUAGCUUCCCGAAUCCGACCGAGCCGCCCGUGCCCGAGGGAUGGCGGACCCGGAGCAAGCUGCCCCCAUGGACGCAGCUUCUCUCCUUGAACGGGUAGCAGAACUAGAGAAAAACAAUGCAGAAUUUCUACGCACUAAACAGCAACUUGAGCAGGAAUUUAAUCAAAAGAGGGCAAAAUUCAAAGAGCUGUAUUUGGCAAAAGAAGAGGAUCUUAAGCAGCAACAUGCUGCUGUACAGGCUGCUCAGGAAGAGAUUGCUCAGCUCAGUCUUCAGUUAACACAAGCUCAAGCAGACAUGGAGCAUAUCAGGGCCAUAGCCACUGUGUCUGAGAACACCAAACAGGAAGCCAUAGAUGAAGUGAAGAAGCAGUGGCAAGAAGAAGUAGUGUCUCUUCAAGCAAUCAUGAAAGAGACAGUGCGUGAGUAUGAGCUGCAGUUCCAUCACAGACUGGAGCAAGAACGUGCUCAGUGGGGUCAGUACCGGGAAUCGGUAGAAAGAGAGAUUACAGAGCUCAGGAGGCGGCUAUCUGAAGGACAACAAGAGGAAAAUCUAGAAAACGACAUGAAGAAGGCUCAAGAGGAUGCGGAAAAGCUGCGUUCAGUUGUAAUGCCCAUGGAAAAAGAGAUUGGAAUAUUAAAAGAGAAACUGACAGGAGCAGAGGAUAAAAUAAAGGAACUGGAGGCAUCUAAGUCGAAAGAGAUGAAUCAUUAUCUCGAAGCUGAGAAGUCUUGUCGAACUGACCUGGAAAUGUAUGUUGCUGUUCUCAAUACACAAAAAUCUGUGCUCCAGGAGGAUGCUGAAAAGCUGAGAAAAGAGCUCCAUGAAGUCUGCCACUUGCUAGAGCAAGAGAGGCAGCAGCACAAUCAGCUGAAACAUACAUGGCAAAAAGCAAAUGAUCAGUUCCUUGAGUCCCAGAGAUUGAUGAUGCAAGAUAUGAAGCGCAUGGAAGUAGUCUUGACCUCCGAACAACUUCGACAAGUAGAAGAAAGGAAGAAGAAAGACCAGCAAGAAGAUGAGCAAAGAAUGAGAAGACGAAAAGAAAGGAAACAAAAAAGGGAGGACGCAGAGGCAAAAGCAUUCGAAGUGGCUUCCCAGGAUGAAUCCCUUCCAAAUCUUUUAAACCAAGAGGAACUGACGAAUAGUACAUACGGCUCAAUUCGUUCCUUGGAUGUGGACAUGGUGCUGAACGAAGGGGACUCUUUUAAACAGGAAGAUUUGUUUAAAGAUGGACUUCGACGGGCGCAGUCAACAGACAGCCUUGGGACCUCUGGUCCAUUACAGACAAAAACACUGGGAUUUAAUACUAAAGCAAAAUCAGCUGGAAACCUUGAUGAAUCAGAUUUUGGGCCUCUAGUUGGAGCAGAUUCUACUUCAGAGAACUUUGACACUUCUUCUAUUGGGUCAUUACAAAUGCCAAGUGGAUUCAUGUUGACCAAAGAUCAAGAGAAAGCAAUAAAAGCCAUGACUCCUGAGCAAGAGGAGACAGCCUCUCUUCUCUCAAGUGUUACUCAGGUGGAAUGUGCAUAUGUUCCACCCUCUGGCUAUCGCAUAGUGAGCGAAUCUGAGUGGGAUUUAUUACAGAAGGAGGUGCAAACGGCUGGGAAUAAGCUGGGCAGACGCUGUGACAUGUGUUCCAACUAUGAGAAGCAGCUGCAAGGAAUCCAGACCCAGGAGGCAGAAACCAGAGAUCAAGUUAAAAAGCUGCAAGUAAUGCUCAGGCAAGCAAAUGACCAGUUGGAGAAGACUUUAAAGGAUAAACAGGAGCUAGAGGAAUACAUGAAACAGAGUACGGAUGAUACCAGCGCUCAGAUCUCUACCCUGGUGCUCCGAGCUCAGGAGUCUGAAACACAGCUUAGUGAAUUACAGCAAGCCUUUUCUGCAGCAAAAAGAAGUGUUCAGGAGCAAAUGGCUGUAUUAAUGCAGUCAAGAGAACAAGUCUCUGAAGAGCUGACAAGAUUGCAAAACGAUAAUGAGAGCCUUCAAGGAAAGCAUGGCCUUCAUGUGUCUCUUCAACAAACUGAGAAUUUCAUCCUUCCAGAUACCAUUGAAGAAUUGCAUGAGCUGGUUCUAAAGUAUCGCGAGGACAUUGUCAGAGUCCGCACAGCGGCAGACCACCUUGAAGAGAAGCUGAAGGCAGAAAUCCUUUUCUUGAAAGAUCAGAUCCAAGCCGAGCAAUGCCAAAAGGAAAAUAUUGAAGAAACGCUACAAAUUGAAAUUGAAAAUUGCAAAGAGGAGAUCGCAUCAAUUUCAAGUUUGAAAACUGAACUGGACAGAAUAAAAGUAGAAAAAGAGCAGUUGGAAUCUACUUUGAAAGAAAAGCUACAAGAACUUCGGACUGUCACAGAACUGAAGAAUUCCCUAGAAGAUCAGAUUAAGAAAGAGACAGCAGCCAAGACAAGUCUUGAACAACAAUUUUUUGAAGAAAAGGACAAGGCACAGCGGCUGCAGACAGAGCUGGAUGUGAGUGAACAAGUGCAGAGGGACUUUGUAAAGCUGUCCCAAACCCUACAGGUGCAGUUGGAACGCAUUCGGCAGACUGAGUCUUUGGAGGCGAUUCGAGCUAUCCUAAAUGAUACAAAACUGACUGACAUUAACCAGCUUCCCGAGACAUGACCCUCCCUGUUUCUGUAUAGAGGACUUGGGGCUGCAACAUGAGGUUUUUUUUUUAUUAUUAAAAGAAAGAAAACUCAACUUUCUAGUAACAUUAAUAAUUAUUUAACUCUUAUCCAAGAGGAGAGGACAGUGAAUAUGUGAAAGGGAGCAGUCAACGAGAACACUUUAUAAGGGAAAAAAAUCCUCUUUGUGGAGAUAGGCAGGCCGGAGAGAGAAACAUUUCUGUUGGGAACACUAAUGAGACACAUUGCUGUGGUUAACUAAAUGGAGAUUUGCCUCCAGUAAUAAAAAAUCUAUGUAAUUGGUCCUUGUUUUGUUUACAAAAAAACCUAUGAAUUAAGCUGGCAAGAACUAGUCAGUUUGAAAGGAAGAUGCUAACUUGAACAUUUAGCUUAAACCGUCAAUCAGUUUACCUGGCAAACAUAUUUAUUAUUCUAAUGUUUUGUCUUGCCCAUUUUAUAACACCUAAUAUAAUAACUGGGGCAGGCCCAUUUCUAUAAUGUGUAUAGAGGUAUUCCAGUAUCUCACACUUGCAACUUUGUUGUAAUGCAUGUAAUACAUUUCAGGAGAGUUUGUCCUUCCUCUAUCACUAAAUGUUAUUGCUUUUGAAACCUUCCAAUUCUGUCCCUUCAAAAGUAUUAAUAUUUUAAAGUUUUUGGUUCUGUCAAUAAACUAACGGAAACUUAUCCAUUAAACCAUCAUGGAGGAUU